ACAAUCACCAUGGAUCUUUACACUUUUCUCCAAUCAAUUGCAUCCUUGUUGAUGUUUCUAUAUAUUUUCUCCAAACUAACACCCAAAAAUCCCAAGAAAAAUGGUAUUCCCGAACCUGCUGGCUCAUUGCCACUGAUCGGCCACCUCCAUCUCCUAAGUGAGAAAGAAACAGCCUGCAAGAAGCUAGCUACAAUGGCGGACAAAUGCGGCCCACUCUUCUCACUCAAACUCGGAAUUCACCGAGUUUUGGUGGUAAGCAGCUGGGAAAUAGCCAAAGACUGCUUCACCACCAAUGACCUAACUCUGGCCACUAGAGCCAACACCGCGGGCGGGCGGCAUAUGGGCUACAACAACGCCAUCUUUGCCCUCGCCCCAUACGGGGAAUAUUGGCGUAAUAUCCGAAAGAUGGUCACCAUUGAGCUUCUUUCGAGCCACCGUUUGGAGAAGCUAAAGCACAUACGUUUCUCCGAGAUGGACUACUUUAUCAAAGACUUGUAUGAUCUUUCACGAAAGGGUGCUGAGAAUUGCGCCGAAAUGGUGACUAUCAGCGAGGCGUUGGAACAGUUCACGUUCAACAUAAUCCUUAGGAUGCUCGUUGGAAAGCGAUUUUCCGGUAGUACUUGCGCCGAUAAAAACAGCGAGCCGUGGCGGUAUGAGAAAGCUAUAAAGAAAGCGAUUUAUCUGUUCGGCGUUUUCAUGUUGGCGGAUGCGCUGCCGGGCCUUGGAUGCGUUGAUAUUCAAGGGCAUAUACGUUCCAUGAAGCGAACAGCCAAAGAAGUUGACUCGCUAAUCAGUGCUUGGCUCGAUGAGCAUCUCAAGAGAAGAAAGGAAAACCAGGAUACCUGUGAAAGUGACUUCAUGGACGUCAUGUUAAAUCACCUGCCGGAGGAAACUGUAAUCUCAGGGCAUACUCGCGAUACCAUUGUAAAAGCGACAACAAUGAUUCUUACACUGACGGGAGGAGAAAGCACAUCAGUGACGAUCACAUGGGCACUUUCUUUGCUACUCAAUCACCCAAAUGUUGUAAAAGCUGCUCGAGAAGAACUGGAGCACCAAGUCGGAACCGAAAGGUGGGUGGAGGAAUCAGACAUUAAGAACCUCAAAUACCUACAAGCCAUUGUCAAGGAAACCCUACGCUUAUACCCACCAGGUCCCAUCACUGGAAUCCGCGAGGCAACACAAGACUGUCGCAUCGCCGGCUACGAUGUCUCGAAAGGGACUCGUUUAAUCGUCAACAUCUGGAAACUACAUCGAGACCCACGGGUUUGGGAAAACGCCGAUUUGUUCCAGCCAGAGAGGUUUAUGACAACACAUGCUCAUUUGGAUGUCAGGGGUCAGAAUUUCGUGUACAUGCCGUUUAGCUCCGGUAGAAGAUCGUGCCCUGGAAUGACGUUCGGACUGCAAGUGGUUCACUUGACGGUGGCUAAAUUGAUUCAGGGAUUUGACAUUAGGACAAUCGAUGGGAUGGCUGUGGAUAUGGAAGAAGGCUUAGGGCUUGCCCUACCCAAGUUGAAUCCUCUUGAAGUUGUCCUCACCCCACGCCUGCAUUCGGAACUUUACGAGGGACUUCAAGACAUAAAAAAGUACUAGAGAUUUAGCUUUUUU